GUAUACUGUAUAAGGGCAAUGGCGAGAAUGUCUUUAUCUCCCAGCAGCCCGCUGUCAUCAGCAGCAUUAUGGGAAACGGUCGGCGGCGCAGCAUCUCCUGCCCCAGCUGUAACGGCCAGGCGGAGGGCAACAAGCUGCUGGCGCCUCUGGCCCUCGCUUGCGGAGCGGAUGGCAGCAUUUUUGUCGGGGACUUCAACUACAUCAGGAGGAUCUUCCCCUCUGGGAACGUUAGCAGCGUCAUGGAGCUCAGAAACAAAGAUUUCAGGCAUAGCAACAACCCUGCUCACCGCUACUUCAUGGCCACUGACCCAGUAACCGGACAGCUGUAUGUGUCCGACACCAACUCCAGGAGAAUUUACCGUCCCAAGAUGCUUAGCGGCGCCCGGGACCUCAACAGUAAUGGAGAAGUCGUGGCUGGCACAGGUGAGCAGUGUCCUCCUUUCGAUGAGGCCCGAUGUGGUGAUGGGAGAAAAGCUACAGAGGCACAGCUGCUGGGACCAAAAGGGAUUGCAGCCGAUAAGAACGGACUCAUCUACUUUGUGGACGGAACGAUGAUCAGGAAAGUGGAUCGUAACGGAAUCAUUUCCACAGUGCUGGGCAGCAACGACCUGACCUCUGCACGACCUUUGACCUGCGAUACCAGCAUGCACAUAAGACAGGUUCGAUUGGAAUGGCCCACAGAUCUCGCCAUCAACCCCAUGGAUAACUCCAUCUACGUCCUGGACAACAACGUUGUUCUACAGAUCACUGAAAACAGACAGGUCCGUAUAGUGGCUGGUCGUCCCAUGCACUGCCAGGUGCCUGGUAUAGAAUACACCAUGGGAAAGAGAGCGGUGCAGACCAUGCUGGAGGGAGCGACCGCCAUCGCUCUGUCCUACAGCGGCAUCCUCUACAUCGCAGAGACAGAUGAGAAGAAGAUGCACCGCAUUCGACAAGUGUCCACUGAUGGAGAAAUUACGCAUCUGGCUGGUGCACUAUCUGACUGUGACUGCAAGAACGAUGCCAACUGUGACUGCUAUCAGACAGGAGACGGCUACGCUAAAGACGCCAGGCUUAGCGGCCCUUCGUCUCUGGUGGUGUCGCCGGAUGGGACUCUGUACGUGGCUGAUCUGGGAAACAUUCGGAUCCGGGCAAUAAGACGCAACCAGCCACGCACCGGCUCUUUGGCUUCAGGUCCCAGCUCCUAUGAAGUGGCUUCUCCAGCCUCACAGGAACUUUAUGUGUUUGAUUCGAAUGGGACUCACCAGUUCACCAUGUCUCUGAUCACUGGAGACUUCAAAUACAACUUCAGCUACAGCAACGAGGAGGAUGUUACCGCAGUGACAGACAGCAGCGGGAACACGCUCCGUGUCCGUAGAGACACCAACAGGAUGCCUGUACGUGUGGUAGCUCCUGAUAAUCAGGUCAUCUGGCUGACAAUCGGGACCAAUGGAGGACUAAAGUCUCUCACGGCUCAGGGUCAGGAACUGGUUUUAUUUACUUACCAUGGCAACAGUGGCUUGCUGGCUACCAAGAGCAUCCAAAUUGGCUGGACUACAUUCUAUGACUAUGACAGCGAGGGUCGUCUGACUAAUGUGACCUUCCCCACCGGCGUGGUCACCAAUCUCCACGGCGACAUGUCUUCAGGAGCCAUCGCAGUGGACAUAGAGACGUCAGGGAGGGAUGAGGAUGUUUCCAUAACAACAAACUUAUCGUCUAUAGACUCCUUUUACACUUUGGUGCAAGACCAGCUUCGUAACAGCUACCAAGUGGGUAAUGACCAUUCACUCAGGGUCAUCUAUGCUAAUGGGAUGGACACACACUAUCAGACAGAGCCACACAUACUGGCAGGAGCUGCUAACCCUACGAUCGCCCGGCGCAACAUGACCCUGCCAGGAGAGAAUGGCCAGAACUUAGUCGAGUGGAGAUUUAGGAAGGAGCAGACCCGAGGAAAGGUCAUUGUGUUUGGGAGGAAGCUGAGGGUAAACGGAAGGAACUUGCUGUCUGUGGAUUAUGACCGCACGCUGCGAACCGAGAAGGUUUAUGAUGACCACAGAAAGUUCCUGUUAAAGAUCAUCUACGACACGCAGGGCCACCCGUCACUGUGGAUCCCCAGCAGCAAACUGCUCUCAGUUAACCUGACGUACUCCAGCACGGGACAGGUGACGGGCCUCCAGAGGGGUCCGACCACAGAGAAGUGGGAGUACGACAAUCAAGGAAGAAUCAUUUCUCGAGUCUUUGCUGAUGGGAAGAUAUGGAGCUACACGUAUCUGGAUAAGUCCAUGGUGUUGCUGCUGCACAGCCAGCAUCAGUACAUCUUCGACUACGACUCAGGGAACCGACUGUCAGCCGUCACCAUGCCCAGCGUGGCUCGGCACACCAUGCAGACCAUCAGAUCUGUGGGAUACUACAGGAACCUGUACACCCCCCCGGAGAGCAACGCCUCCGUUACUGUGGACUACUCUGAGGAAGGGCAGCUCCUCAGAGUGGCUCAUCUAGGAACCGGCCGACGGAUUCUGUACAAAUAUCGCAGACAAAAUAAGCUGGCAGAGAUCCUUUACGACUCGACGCGGGUCAGCUUCACGUACGACGAGACCGCUGGCGUGCUCAAAACCGUCAACCUCCAGAGCGAAGGCUUCAUCUGCUCCAUCCGCUACCGGCAGAUCGGCCCGCUGGUCGACCGGCAAAUAUUCCGCUUCAGCGAGGACGGGAUGGUGAAUGCGCGCUUCGACUACACCUACGACAACAGCUUCAGGGUCACCAGCAUGCAGGCUGUGAUCAAUGAGACGCCGCUGCCUAUUGAUCUCUACCAGUUCGACGAUAUCUCUGGGAAAGUGGAGCAGUUUGGAAAGUUUGGAGUUAUCUACUAUGAUAUCAAUCAGAUCAUCUCCACAGCAGUGAUGACCUACACCAAGCACUUCGACCAACACGGCCGGAUCAAGGAGAUCCAGUAUGAGAUUUUCAGGUCACUCAUGUACUGGAUCACUAUUCAGUACGACAACAUGGGCAGGGUCACCAAGCGCGAGAUCAAGAUCGGACCCUUUGCCAACACAACCAAAUACGGUUAUGAGUAUGACGUUGAUGGACAGCUGCAGACGGUCUCCCUCAAUGAGAAGCUAAUAUGGAGGUUUAACUACGACCUGAAUGGAAACCUGCACUUACUGAACCCGGGGAACAGCGGCCGUCUGACGCCGCUACGCUAUGAUCUGAGGGACAGAAUCACUCGCCUGGGGGAUGUUCAGUACAAAAUGGACGAAGACGGAUUCCUGAGACAGAGAGGAACUGAGAUAUUUGAGUACAACUCCAAAGGUCUUUUAGUUCGUGUUUACAGUAAAGCUGCCAGCUGGACCAUCCAGUACCGUUACGACGGCUUGGGUCGGCGUGUGGCGUCCCGGAACAGCCUGGGCCAGCACCUGCAGUUCUUCUACGCCGACCUGAACUACCCCACCAGGAUCACCCACGUCUACAACCACUCCAGCUCUGAGAUCACCUCUUUCUACUACGACCUGCAGGGUCACGUGUUUGCCAUGGAAAUCAGCAGCGGAGAGGAGUUUUAUAUUGCGUGUGAUAACACCGGGACUCCGCUGGCGGUCUUCAGCAACAACGGCCUGCUCCUUAAACAGGUACAAUACACAGCAUACGGGGAGGUCUACUUUGACUCCAACCCCGACUUCGUCCUUGUGAUCGGUUUCCACGGCGGCCUGUACGAUCCUCUGACACGACUGCUGCAUUUUGGAGACAGAGAUUAUGACAUCCCCGCUGGGAGGUGGACCACUCCAGACAUCAGCACAUGGACGCGUGUGGGGAAAGACCCUCAGCCUUUUAACUUGUAUAUGUUCAGAGGGAACAACCCCGUAAGCAAGAUUCAUCAGGUCAAAGAGUAUGUUACAGAUGUCAACAUCUGGUUGGUCACCUUCGGCUUCCAUCUUCAUAACGCUAUCCCAGGAUUCCCUAUUCCCAAAUUCGACCUGACGGAGCCGUCCCUGGAGAUGAAAAAGAGCCAGCUUUGGGACGACCUGCCUUCCAUCUCAGGUGUGCAACAGGAAGUAACUCGCCAGUCAUCCGCCUUCCUGUCCUUCGAGCGCAUGCCGGAAAUCCAGCCCAGCCGACGGCACUCCGACCACACCAAGCCCUGGCUGUGGUUCGCCACCGUCAAGUCGCUGAUUGGAAAGGGCGUCAUGUUCGCUGUGGUGCAAGGACGAGUUGUGACAAAUGCUCUGAACAUUGCCAGCGAGGACUGCAUCAAAGUGGCUGGAGUCCUGAACAACGCCUUCUACCUGGAGAACUUGCAUUUCACUGUUGAGGGACGAGACACUCACUACUUCAUCAAGACCAGCCUUCCUGAGAAUGACCUGAGCGCCCUGCGCCUCACCUCAGGCAGGAAGUCACUGGAAAACGGCGUGAAUGUCACAGUGUCCCAGUCUACAACCGUGAUGAACGGCAGAACGCGGCGCUUCGCCGACGUAGAACUGCAGUACGGUGCCCUGGUCCUCCACGUGCGCUACGGGACGACGCUGGACGAAGAGAAGACGCGAAUCUUGGAGCAGGCACGGCAGAGGGCGCUGUCGAGCGCCUGGGCACGUGAACAGCAGCGAGUGAGAGACGGGGAGGAAGGCGUAAGACUGUGGACGGAGGGAGAGAAAAGGCAGCUGCUGAGCAGUGGGAAGGUUCAGGGCUACGACGGCUACUACGUCCUGUCCAUCGAGCAGUAUCCCGAACUGGCCGACAGCGCCAACAACAUCCAGUUCCUCCGGCAGAGUGAGAUAGGGAGGAGGUAACACGGCGUGAACGCGUCCAGAUGGUUCCACCUCUGACUGUCAAAGACUAACACUAAAAAAAGUUCUGUUUUAACACUAAAUGGAUGUCACAGAUUGAACUAAGACGGCAACAACUGCCCACUGACCCCCUUAGAUUUCGCUUUGACCUGAAGCUACAGCUGUGACUGUCCUCAUGCACCUGGGAAAGGUUCUUCAACGCCCUCCGUUUUCUGUUCCCUCUCGUGCUUUUAGACAGGCUGCACGCAUGCCUUUCCACUUCCCUCCGACAGGCCAGGCUAACCUGACUGCCAUAUCUGCGAGCUGCCUACCUGUUAAACAGAGACUUUGGAUAACGGAGGGAAACACAGAGACUGGUUCAGAUAGGCAGCUUGGUGUGCGAGCAGCCGUCCGAAGCAGUUAAGCAGCCCUGUGCAUCCCUAACAGAUGUUGCGGGUACCAUAUGUCUGAGGGUCCAGAUGGGCCCCAUCACUCCGGUUUGAGCCUUGUCUAUAGGAUUUAUUAUUCCAUGGCUGAAGCCAUUGAAUGGAACUGUUGUGGACUCUCUCUAAGAGAGACAGGCACAAAAAAGGACUGAAAUUUGUACAAGUUAAAAAAAAAAGACUUUUUUUGUUGUUUGUUUGUAAUUUUUGGUUUCGAUUUUCUAUAUAAACUUGCAUUUGCUU